CGAGCCCUCGGAAGUACACCUGCCUGACCUCCAUAAUACCAUGCACCCUCUCAGCAGCCCCUACUCAGUGAUCGUUCCGCGCUACUACCCGCUACGGACAGUCAUGCAGGAAGGCGAAGAUCCAGCGUCGCAAAACUGGCGUCCGGAGAGUCUCGUGGGUCUCUGGUUGGGGGACUAUGGUCCGCACGGGACGGAGUGUCUAUUCCUUGAACACAACGUCGCGGACUCCAUGAUUCGAGCGUGGAAGAUUACGGGAGACGUGAACGUCCCGCGCGGUGCCAAGAGGCGCAUUGGACGGAUUCGUCUGGGCUCGGCAUGCGAGCAUACAUGGGCGAAGGUCGCAUUGCGCGACACGGUUUUAUUUAUCGAGUCUUCAUUGAUCUCGGCGCGAGUCAUAAUCAACGGCAAGGAGGAGAUCAUGGUCGCUUGGGACUUAUUGUUCACGGCGAAGGUUGAAAGAUAUAAGACAGCACGAGGUCGAACAGGGGAUAGGUGAUCAAUACAUGUGUCCAUGUCUAUGCACUUCGUGCUCCCUGC